CAGUUGCAAGCGCUGCAGAUAAUCAUUGGUGACAAAAGGCGAAACUGAAAAUGAUGUUCUGCUAACGCGGAUACUAAGAAUAUUAUGAAGACGCUCUUGACGCUGGAAGCUAAAUAGUGAAAUUUGUAAAGUAAUCGAAAAAGAAAGUGCAAUAAGAAUUCAACAAAUCAAAAACCGCAAAUUUUUUAAAGAAAAAAUAGAAAAAUAUGCCGUUCGCGACCCGCUUGCUGUUCUUACUCUCCGCCUGCAUACUAAAUGUGGUCUUACAACACGUAGCGGUCAACGCUGACACAAAAGUGCUAAACACACUGAGCUUAAAUCAGCCGGGCUACAGCAGCCGUCAUGAGGUUAUCACACUCGAGAAUGCCGGCACCGCUGAUGAGGAGCUGGUGGUUAGAGGCAAUUAUACCGUUGAACUCGGCCCACCGAACAAGGACGGUCUCAUAUUUUUGGCUAUCACAGAGUAUACUGCCGAUAAGAAUGGUUAUCACGUGCAUUAUCAUAUCGAGGCGCGACCGCUAUUGGAAACGCGGUUGAGUGGGAGUCUGUUAAUGACUGCAGCGGGCUAGAGAGCCAAAUGUUGUCGAAAGUGAAAUUAUAAAUUCAAAUGAAAUUAAUUAUUGAGUAUUAUUUUAUAUAUACUAUAUGCUUAAUUGUGGUUAUACAUAUGUAUAUAUUUGUUAUUGUUUAUAUUCAAAUUUCCUUUAUUAUAAAUUCGCUUAAAACAAGUUAAGAGCUUAAAUUAAUUCUAAAGAACAUAAAUUCAUUUUAUAUAUGGAAAAAAUGAGUUUUACAACUUUUAGUGGAGUUUAACACAUCGACAACGAGGCUUGCUUAUAUUGACCGGAAAAAUAUUUUCAUGAGAUUAUUUUGACUUAGGUCUUCUAUUUGCCUUGGUUUGAAAAAAAAACCAUAGCAACCUUAAAUGAAAAAAAUUUGCUACAAACUGUCUCUUUAUUGAGUGAGAAGAAAUAUAUAUCGCCACCUUAAAUCCAAAACAACGCAUCAUCAAAAAUAUCGAAAAUGAGUUUUUAUUGCUUAUGAUUGUCUACAUUAUAGUACAUAUCUGUAGCAAAAUAAUUUCAGCUUCAACUGACAGAUAUAACCAAUAUAUAACCAAUAUAUAGCCAAUGUAUAACCAUUCCAUAACCAAAACUCAAAUUUUGUUUGAAUAUGAGUGGCGUCUAUUAUAUCAUCUUUCCUUUGCCUGUAAA